AUGCCAAUUCGAUCGACCUUUCCGGACCUCGACAUCCCCCAGUGCAACCUCCUGUCUUUUCUCUUUCCUGAUGGAAAAGCUGAAGAAGACAAGCAACUAUGGAUCGAUGCAGCGCACCCGGAACGAGCGCUCUCAGCCUCACAAGCGCUGCGUCUCAUCAAACGCUUUGCACGCGGCCUAGACAAGCUGGAUAUUGCGAAGCAGACUCCAAUCAUGGUAGUUGCACCGAAUUCCAUCUACACACCUGUCUUGUAUCUCGCCACGAUAGGUUCUGGCCGGAUAUUCACAGCUGCGAAUCCGACGUAUACAGUUGAGGAACUGGUGCAUCAAAUGAAGACUGUCCCAGCUGGUCUCGUCCUCGCAGACUCUUCUGUACUCUUGAAAGUCCAAAAAGCAGCAACCGAAGCCGGAAUUCCUCGGCACCGUGUCUACAAUUUCGUUCCCCCAGAAAGCAAAUGCGACGUGACAAGCUGGGAACGCAUACUAUCAUCUGACUCCGAAGCCCAGACCUGGAACUGGGAUCCUCUAGAAGGCGAAGCAUCCAAAUCCACCAUCGCAGUCAUCAAUUUCUCCUCAGGAACCACUGGCCUGCCCAAAGGCGUCUGCACAACACAUUACAAUUGGAUCGCGAACGCUUGUCAAGUCAUCCACGCUCGACUACACGAAACCAGCCAGACGAUAGGGAACCCUGACUCGAACGAGAAAUGGCUCGCUUUCUUACCCUGGUAUCACGCUUACGCUCAAAUGUUCACUCUCAUCGUCGCUUGCAAACUCCGACAAGCAGUCUACACUAUGCCGCAAUUCCAACUCGAACCCUAUCUGAAAUAUAUCGCGAAAUACAAAAUCACGAAUUUACAACUCGUGCCUCCGGUUCUGGUCAUGAUGAAUAAAAGAUCUGGAAUCGAAGAACUGGAUCUCAAGAGUGUGAGAUGGAUCAUGUCGGCUGCUGCGCCAUUGAAAAGGGAUUUACAGAAUGAGAUUUGUCGGAAAUUAGGCGCGACGAUUGUGCAGAGUUAUGGGAUGACAGAGACGACUUGUACGGCGUUGAUGGUUCCUGGGUUGACGGAGGAGGAUAGUGGAAGUGCAGGGAUUUUGUUGCCGAGUACGGAGGCGAUGUUGGUUGAUGAGGAGGAGAGGGAAGUUGAAGAGGUGGGAAAGAGUGGGGAGUUGUGGGUGAGAGGACCACAGAUGUUGUUGAAUUAUUGGGAGAAUGAAACAGCAACGAAGGAGACUUAUGCGGAGGGGGAUUGGUUGAAGACGGGGGAUGUGGCGGAGUAUGAUGCAAGCAGUGGGAAGUUUUGGAUCGUGGAUCGGAGGAAAGAGUUGAUUAAAGUGAGAGGUUUUCAGGUUGCUCCGGCGGAGCUGGAGGCUUUGUUGUUGGAGCAUGAGGAUAUUGCUGACGCGGCUGUUGUUGGGCUGAUGAUCGAAGACGAGGAACGACCGAGGGCGUAUGUCAAAUUGCAAAGCCCGAGCAUUGAAGCUAUUGGAGUUGAAAGAGGAAUCCAACGAUAUGUUGCGAAGAAGUCUGCAAAGCACAAGCAGCUGACUGGUGGAGUGAAGAUUGUUGAUCAGAUUCCACGAUUGCUGAGUGGAAAAAUCCAAAGAAAGGUCGUGAAGGAAUGGGCGAAGAGAGACGCUGAAAAAAUGGCCUCGAAAGCAAAACUCAAGCCCAAGUUGUAA